AUGACCCGGGACUUAGUACCAGCUUCAAAACGUCGAAUCGAAAACGAAAAUAAGGAACUUGUUCGUCAAGCAGUUCGGGAUGCACAAUCACAGACUCGCGCAGAAAAUCCUGUGUUCCGGCAUACGAUGACGACUCCGCUCAUAGGAACCUCACAUGCCGGUAACCUUCAACUGACAAUACCAGCAACACCUGUAGCGACCACUGCGGUGGCAAAAACGUCCAACAACAAAUACACUGUUCCAGAACGACCGAAAAUAGUCUUAGAAGAAGAUCAAUACACAGCUGGGCUGGGAAAAAUCAUUACGCGCGAUUUUUUUCCAGAUGCAGAUGAACAUGGUGUUGCACAAGCUGCGGCACCGAACAUGUCCUUAGACGCUUACGUGCGCAGAUACACAUCUGAAGAUAAUGCUAGUUUCAAUAACCUUGUUGAAAGAGAAGCGGAAGCUAAACGAAAAACUCAAGCAUGGUUUUGGAAAGAGGGUGGUUCAAGCACUGAUGACGCGUCCAAGCGAUUGCAAAUUACAGCGUAUGAAGAAUCUCCAAAAGCUUUAAUAGAAAAAGAAAAUGCAGCGGUGGCAAAGGUUCUUGGUUGGUCUGAUGAAAGAAAGACCGAAGUUGAUACAUGGUCUACUUCCAAAGGACCAACGAAUGCGCUCAUGUUUCAUCCUAAUGAGAGCUCGGCAGGCCCGAGGCCCACUACUGAGCAAAAACAAAGCCACGCUGCAAAACGCAUUAUUUACGAAAAUACACGAUUCCCUAAAACCCCUCGAAAUGCGAACAAGAAAAAAGAAGAAGAAGAUACAGGGGAUGAUAUUUCAGCAGCUGACGCUCGGCCACGCGUCAACGGAUAUUCAUUUGUAACUGAAAAUACAUAUUCAUCUGAUCGCCAGUUUGAAAUGCAACCACCAUCAGAAAAAGAUGCCGCAAGAGACAGACUUUUAGCUCGCAAAAUUGCUCUAAGGCGCCAGGAGCGUUCAGCAGCAGCUGCUGCAUUGACAGUCCCUAAAGACAGUACUGUAUCAUCUUUAGGUACUUCUAUAAGAACACCAGGCAGUUUAUCAUCUGCUCGCAUAUCAAAACGGGCACCAACACCGUUGUCUCCCGCAGCAUCUUCAAUUCUACAAUCCAUUCGAAGCCAUAAGACAGAAAUACCGAGUUUUUCUAAACUAAGAACACCAAUUCGUCGGAAACCAACAGGCUCACCCGUCGUUCGAAAAAAAUAA